CUUAGCCUCUUUGUUGACCUUGGCAAUUACAAUAUGGCCAACUUUUUCCAGCAAGGAAAUUCUGCACCGAUAAUUCCCCCCACGCGCUAUAAUUUCAAUUCCCAUAAUCUUACCAAUACGGAGUGCCAUGAUUUAACGUCACUUUCAAUUUCACUUGCGAACGCUUGUCUUAAUUCUCCGUAUCAGAAUACUGAUUCUACACACAGGAUAGGAUCUAGGCGUAGUACAUCAGCUUAUGCUUCAGCCCAGGCAUUUCAACCACCGCAGCCUUUUAACGUUGGUCCUUGGGUGGACAGGAGCAAGCUUUUAGGCCAGCUUCCGGAUUCAAGUAGUGGAUUGGACCCGAAGAUGUUCGAGGAUAAUCUUUUGAAAUCCACCUUUAUUUCUGGCCGCUUUCCUCCGCGUCCGGCUGAUCAGUCCAAGUCCUCUGGUAUUAAUCAACGGUCAACAUUUUCUAACGAAAUCACUGGCUUUAAUGGACCCCAGGCUCCCCGACCACACAAAGUACCUCCUCGGUGUGUUCCAUGUGAUGGGGGCGGUUCCUUUAAUCCUAUGCUCUCCUCUACUCCAUCAUCGGCAAUUUACGCCCAGGCAGAGAUAUCAAAAGGCCAACCUGAUUAUUCUCAAUGGCUUUUGAAUCCUGCUGCACCUGCUGUUGUCGCAGACCACCUAAGGACUGGGAGAUCGAAUAACUUGAAGAGCAAUCUCCUCACCGACAGGUCCUCUGGCGUUUCGUACAUGGAUCAAGCACUCCAUCAGGUAUUGCCUAUAUCGCGCUUGAGUACCGUUCCGAGGUCAAGUCCCAGUGAGUACGUCCUUAAUAGCUUUUCUGACUUUCUUACCUGCUCAAUCGAUCGGUACUCAAUCAAGGGUAUUGACUUUGAAAGCGGACCGUACUUUCCUCAAACCCUGGGUCCCUAUCUUCUGGUGAACCCACUGGAAGGUGCGAGUACGCCUCGUGUAUCAGAGGCGCUGGAACUGCCUACGCAGUGCUUUAAAGCCUGGUCACCGCGUCUUUCUAUGCCUGUGGUGCUGCGGCGAGUCCUUCCGGAGAGAUUGGAACCGCUACCCUCAGAGGCCUAUUUCCUCGCCCGUCAGUUCUGCGAUGCCAGUGACCCCUCCGUGAUUCAACUACGCGAUGUAGUUCCCGUUGACGAAUUCGGAGACAACUCCGUGAUUUUCGUCUACGAUUUCCUUCCUUGCUGCUACACUCUGCAACAAAUCCACAUGAGUGAUCCAGCCAAGUCCUCUGGCGAGUUACCUCCGUCUGACCUCCUGCCAGAACGAACAGCGUGGAUGUUCUUGGUGCAGUUGACCCAGGCCCUCCGAUUCGCACACCAAACUCUCAACCGCAGUGUCGGCGUGCUGCAUCCCAGCAAAAUCCUCGUUCAGGACGGUACACGGUUGUUCGUCAAUUGCAUCGGCUUGAAAGAUGUCAUCAACCAUUCAACAAUGGCCAACACAAUGGCAGAGCUUAAGGCGAGAGACUUUGUGGCCCUGGGAAAACUCAUGCUUGGUGUUAUUUUUGGUACACCCCUUGCUAUGAAGGAACUUGAGAACGGUCGACUCUUCCGUUUGAUCUGCAAGUUAAACUCCGUGGUCGAACGGCACGACACGAGGCGCUUGGAUCAUCGGGAACCCGAGUGGUCAGAGACCGGGGACCGCUACAUGCUGAAACUGUUUCGCGACUUUGUUUUCCACCAGGUGGACCAACGCGGUGCACCGCACUUAGAUCUCGCACACAUCGUAACCGUCCUGAACAAGGUUGAGGCCGCCUCGCAAGAACGCCUGUGCCUCGUCAGCCGAAAGGGCGAGCGGGCGAUUAUCGUGACCUACGCGGACAUUCGCCACUGGCUAGACACGAGCUUUGGCUCCCUUGUGGAGGAGCAUCGGCGUAGUCUGUUUGAGCAGCAAAUGGUGCAGCAACAGGAGCAGCAACAGGCUGACGCUGAGAACAACGGCAGCGGAGUUAAUCCAACUGAAGCGAUCUACUUCGCUACUCUUAUUCACGUUUUAAUCCCGGACCAAAUACUUGUCAGCAGCAUCAAUAUGUGUCCCCGCUGUCCCGAAAUCGGUUUAACCCCACCCACCCCCAAGUUUUUGAAGAAUCACGGCAACGGCGCCUCCCACCGUUCCCGCAGUCUUGGUGCAAUUCUCCUCCUCCUUCCCCUCCUCAGGCCCCAGUCCAGACUUUACUCCCUGCAUGAGAGACAACUACCCUAA